GCCGCCAGCCGCACCGCCAUACGUCAAUCCUUGUCACUACUAGCCAACUGCACAAGUCUACGUCGCACUGGUCACCUCACUCCAACCAAUUCCCACGAUCUUCUGCGAUUCUCCGCAAUACGCGACUGCAAAUUGUGCCUGCAAGCUCCCCCGGCGUCAUAGCUCUCGUGACGCGAGGCCGCAAGGUCCAUCCAUUGCGCCGACGCGACUGCCCCAAACACCAUAUAGCGCAUCGCAUGGACUGCUACAUCAAGGAAUGAAGAUUACAUCGCCGCGGGAUUUGUCGUAUCCCAUCACCAUCGUCGACCUCCUGAGAAAGCGGGAUGAAGAGGUCAAGCGGUCGGAUAAGCUGUUCAACUACCGCUAUGAGACGCCGGUGACGGAAGGCGACAAAUGGGGAGGGGAGAAGAUAGUCAUGAAGAAGAUGAUUCAGUUCUUCCAUGCAAGCACCGAGGGAAAGGUCACGCGAUGGCUGAUCAAGCCUGGCACCGUCAUUGAACGGCCUGGCAUUGAGCUUCUCGAGAUUCAAGAGCCCUGCACGCACGAGACACAGUUCGGCGGCCUUUGCGUCGACUGCGGAGAAGACAUGACCAAAGUCGACUACCUCACAAAGGAGAGCAACGCAGCCCGAGCGACCGUGAACAUGACGCACGACAACGUUGCGCUACUCGUCAGCCACAAGGAAGCGGUGGCGGCUGAGGAGGAUGCGAAGAAGCGAUUGCUGAGCGCAAAGAAGUUGACGCUCAUCGUCGACCUGGACCAGACCGUCAUCCAUACCACUUGUGAGCGAACAAUUGCCGAUUGGAAGACCGACACCGAAAACCCGAACCAUGAUGCUGUCAAAGACGUACAGGGCUUCCAACUGGCCGACGACAAUGUCUCCAACGUGGCUGCGAACUGGUACUAUGUCAAGAUGCGCCCGGGGCUGAAAGACUUCUUCGACAGAGUAUCGAAGCUCUACGAGAUGCAUGUCUACACCAUGGCGACCCGAGCAUAUGCGCAAGAAGUCGCAAAGAUCAUCGACCCCGAACGGAAGUACUUUGGUGACAGGAUCCUUAGCCGCGACGAAAACUACACGGACAAGCUGAAGAGUCUGACGCGGCUAUUCUACCAAAAUACCGCAAUGGUCGUGAUCAUCGACGACAGGGCAGAUGUUUGGUCAUAUAGCCCCCACCUGGUCCGCGUACCCGUGUUCAACUUCUUCCCUGGCGCAGGCGACAUUAAUGCAAGUUUCUUGCCCAAGCAGCAGGAGCUGGUGUCGUUUGCCAAGGACAAAUCACCGCCAACGCCGAAAAAGGGAGAAGUAGACGGCGAUGUCUCCAACGCCGUUUCUGAUUCCGCCAAGCCUGCCGACUCUACCUCCUCAGAAGCUAGCAAUGGCGACCUUAACGAGCUAGGGCAGCAGCUGAUCUCUAUGGCAGCAGGAGAAGAUUUGGAGCAACAGGCCAAGGAACAGGAGAAACUCAUCAUCGCACAACAGACCGAGCGGCCCCUUUUGCAGCAACAGCUCAUGCAGGACAAAGAAGAUGAGAAGGCCGAAGAGAGCGAACAGCCUACUGAAGCGGGCAGCAGCGACCCACAUCACUCAGAGCAGCCCAAAGUUCGGCAUAGUAUCCUGGAUAACAAUGACAGAGGCCUGGAUAUAAUUGAGCAGAACCUGCUUCGCGUCCACCGCACAUUUUACGACGAAUAUGUAAAGGCAAAGGCAGUGCCAGCGAGCGGCCGUAUCGCCGAGCUGAAGGGCGAAAAGAGCCCGAAGAAGCGUCCGUUGAAUGACGUAAUUCCUGAUGUUGCCGAAAUCAUGCCGCGCAUCAAGGAGGAGGUGCUCGACGGGACAGUGGUUGUCUUUUCGGGUAUUAUUCCGCUAGGCGUUGACAUUCAAUCAUCCGACUUUGCACUGUGGAUUAGGAGCUUUGGCGCAGAAGUAUCUACCAGCGUCAACCGUCGGACAACACAUGUCAUUGCCAAUCCCGAUCGGAAGACGACGAAGGUCAAACGGGCCGCACGAUACUCGCACAUCAAGAUUGUGAACCCCGAAUGGAUGUUCCAGUGUUGCACAAGGUGGGAACACGUAGACGAGACGCCGUAUAUGAUUGAAAUGGAUGCUGCUGAGCGUAGCGGGUCACCAUUUGGGGAGCUUGAAGACGAGAGCAUCGGCGCUACAGGCGAUGAAGAUGCAGAAGAGAACACGGAAUCGCCGGUUACGCUCGAUCUGACGGCCGAUAAUUGGGCAGAUGUCGAUGAUGAGCUCAAUGAUUUCCUCAACGAGACCGACACUGAAGGCGACAACGAGUCGGACUCCGAUAGUGUUCGUUCGGAGAAUAGCACGCCAUCCGACAUGAAACAAAGCAAGAAGAAGCGGAAACGAACAACGAAUUCCACGGAUGCCAGCGAGGCGGAGGAAAGCGAUAGUAGCGUCAACAGCACAUCACGACUACAACGACGGAAGAAGCGCACCAUGGAGAGGGUCACUUCCUUGGCCAAUGUAGUCACCGCAGACAAAUCAUCAGGCCUACCCAGUCCAGAGACGACAGGGCCAGAAGAGGGACAGGGAGAGGACGACGAGAAAGCUCUGGAGACAAACGGAGUUGGGUUAGAUUUGCAGGAGGAAUACGAUGAUGGACUGGAGGCGGAACUGUUGGCUGGCUUUGGAGACAGCGACGAGGAGUAGAGGAUUACGACUAUCUUGUAUUAAUAUUUACUCACCUGCAUAGCGAGGUGUUUGGCAUGCGGCGUUCUAUUGGCCAUCUUGGGAUACCUUACAUAUAGGACGGAUACCCCAGGAUCAAGCUAGCGGGCGGCAUGGUGGCUCAUAUACAGCAAAUGGAAAUCAUGAUGUUUCUCUGGUA